CUAUGCGGAUUCUGCAAAAUGUAUAACAGUGUUUACACUUUAUACUCUCGUCUUCAAUAACCUCUAAAUAAAAUUAUUCUCUUGCGGAGCACUUGAUUAAUUAUAAAUUUUCAAUAAAAGCCCUCCCUAUUUCCAACAAAUACACAUUUUUUAUCCCACCUUUAACAUGUUGACUUGAACAAGAAAAAAAAGCCAAGUGUAGUCGUUCAAGGAUGCCCCUAGGAGAUAAACCAGAAUGUGUUCAGUGCAGCACCAAGGAGAGUCCACUGUGGCACGGGACCGACGCCGGUAGCCUUUGCAAUGAUUGUCUCGAGAAGAGCAAAUUCAAAGCCGAGGAUGAGGAGGCUGCUGUGGUUAAAACAGAUCCUCCUGAGGAAGCCACUGUUUCUACAACUUCAGCAACGACUACACCAGCAACAACAACAACGACGACAGCAACGUCCAUGGCAGCAAACGCGAGGAAGGUUACCCGUGCUGUCACAAAAUGUAAUGGGAAACCUGGCAGGCCUCCUGGUAGCAAGAAUGCCCUCAAAGGCAAGGGUCGGCGACACAUUUUUAAGAAGACGCCUGUGAAGUCACCAGCUGCCACUGCAACAUCAGUGACAAGUAAUUAUGUGUUUUACAAAGGUUCUUACUUCCAAGUUGGUGACAUAGUAUCCAUGCAGGAUACUGACGGUGGUAUCUAUUACGCUCAAAUCCGAGGAUUAUUAACGGAUCAGUAUUGUGAAAAAAGUGCAGCAAUCACGUGGCUUUUACCAACCACAGCUAGUCCGCCCCCCGAAGAGGGUUUUAAUCCAGAAACAUAUAUCAUUGGGCCGGAAGAAGAAUUACCACGGAAACUUGAAUACAUGGAGUUCAUCAUGCAUGCUCCGUCUGACUAUUACAAAUUAAAAAACACUCCUUACCCUCCGAUCCUUCAAGAAGGAGGUAAUGGCUAUGUUUGGACAACACUGACAAAUGAAAGUUUUCAAAGGUAGAUUGCAAUGGUGCUGUUCAAGUUAACACAUUAACAAUUGUAAAAAUAUUAUUUUCAAAGGUGCAAGUGGCAUUGUGAUCUAAUUUAUCUGUAAUAGUACAACUGAUACACGUUAUAUUGUGUAGCAAAAAUUAUAGAAAUUAUAUUUAAAGCAA